AUGAUAGUUAAUUUCGACAAGCUUUGUGAAGAAUUAGAAAAACAAGAACUAGAGGCUCCAAAUGGAGUAGCUACAACAACUACUUAUGCUCAGCUUCUUGCAAUCUAUUUGUAUCAAAAUGACUUAUGCAAUGCUAAAUUUUUAUGGAAGAGGAUACCUCAAAAUAUCACAUCUAGUAAUCCAGAAAUAGCAGCAAUUUGGGCAGUUGGGAGAAAAUUGUGGAAAAAAGACCUUCCUCGUGUAUUCCAAACUCUUGCAGCAUACCAUUGGGAAGAACCAGUAGCUACUAUAAUGAGAGCUCUUGAAGAAAAUGUGCGUGAAAGAGUAUUUAAUUUAAUAGGAAAGUCAUACAGUUCAAUAUCAAUAGAGACAGUGGUUUCUACAACUUGGCUAAGCAAAGAAGCAGUGUUACAAAUAUGUAGAGAUCGUAAAUGGGAGUUGAAUGAAGAUGGUGUCACUGUGAAUCCUACUCCUCCAGUCCAGCCAGCGCCAUUGCACACCUCUAGUGAAGAUCAACUUUUUAAGCUGACAGAUUUUGUGUCAUUCUUAGAAAACUAA